CGUACGAAAUUGACUCCGCCCAUAUCCGGAAGUUGCUUUCUGCAUUAUGCAUUACGCUAUACGGUAAUGUUUAUUAAUAGCAUGCUCUGCACGCGUACCGUAGACACACCUCCAGACUCCACCGAAAAUAACCAAGAUGUCGUAAAUCGGGACACUUUUCGAAGAUUAUUGUCGUUCUGAAAUCAAUGCGAUGCAAUAAAUUCAGACUACGUCAAUGAACUUAGUCCUUCGCACUUUCUCAUCAUCCGAUAUUCAUUGUACAGGGAAGCCAAGAAUUUAUCCAACGACAACGAGAACCUUGAUUUCCAUAGUGUAACUUAGACUCUAGGUCUACAAAAGUACAAUACAGUACGGUACUGACUCCGAGCUCGAGCUUUGACUUGUAUACAUUACGUGCAGCACAGCUUAGCUCACACAGGUAGUACACUACGCGUACGUGUAGACGUGAAUGCAGAUAAAUAUUGACUGAAUGAGAAUGGCAUAAUUCGUUUGUAAGUAGAGAAAAUCCUCCUGAGUCUUAUCACCAUGGCAACAGAGGAGGAGUUAUUGUGCAGCUUUGAUGAGCUUGAGAAUGUCAUGAAGAAAGGUUCCAUCGUCAUCGCGUUACCACAGAGACAAAUCGAUGAAGUUUAUCCCAACGUGUACGUCGGGGGAGAAUCGUCAGCGAAAGACAAGCAAAGGCUGAAAACGUUAGGGAUCACUCAUGUUCUUAACUGCGCUCAUGGUAGGAAGUUCUUUCAUGUGGAUACCGAUCAGAAGUUCUAUGAUGAAUUGAAGAUCAAGUUCCUAGGUCUGGGCGUAUCAGACUUCCCACAGUCGAACAUCAAACAACAUUUUGAUACAGCUUUCAAGUUUAUGGAUGAGGCGUUACAACAUGAAAACGGUAAGGUGUUAGUCCAUUGUGUCCAAGGAUACAGCCGAUCAGCUACGAUAGCCAUAGCCUACCUCAUGGUCAGCCGGAACAUGACCGCUCAGCAAGCAGCUACGACGGUCAGGGAGAAGAGAGAGAUUGGACCCAACAAAGGAUUCUUGCAGCAGCUUUGUGAUCUCAAUGAAGAGUUACAUAGAAAGAAAGAGGAGGGUGAAACCAAAGUAGCAUUGUGAUGUCAUUGAACAUCUACGGAGAAAGGAGCAGCUUUGUGAUCUUCAUGGAGAUCUGCAAGACAGACUGUGAGGGAGGGAGUGAGAGAGAGACAGAGAGAGACAGAGAGAGGGAGGGGGGGGGGGAGAGAAUGUGUCUUGUGAUCUAAGUGAAGAUGUGCAAAGAAGGAAACAGCUUUGUGAUCUCAGCAAAGAACUAGACGCAAAGGAACAAACAGAUUAAAUCACCAAUAUUGGUCUGUCUAUACCAACAGUACAAUGUAGGAAAACAAAAUUGAAGUUUGAAACUGACAGACUUUAAUUUGAACUUAUAGUAUUGCGCUACUAAGUGGGUUUAAUUAGCUUUUGAUGUGACGGUGUCACGUAUAUAUGUGACAAACAGACUAGAUAUUUUAAAUCACACAUUACUCCACUAAGAAAUAUGUAUAUUAUGAUCAGUACGAAUCUAGCAUUAUAAAGUCAAUAUUAAUUACGCCUGUUAUAUAUGGUAAAGGUGUCGUGGUCAAGUGGAUAUAUCACCGGACUGUGGAUCACAAGGUCCAUGGUUCAAUUCCCGGCGCUGCACUCAUGUCCAUUUGCAAGACAUUAAUCUACAUUUGCCACACUCGACCCAGGUGAGGUAAAUGGGUACCUGGUAGGAUUAUUCCUUGAAAUACACUGUGCACUGAUUACGGCUGCCAGAGCUAAAGCUAAGUAAUAAUUUCUGAAGCUCUUUGGAAGCGCAUGAGGACGUUAUAUAAUGUAAUAUGCGCUAUACAAGAACUGAAUAUUAUUAUGAUACAUGUACCAUAUUUCAAGUCUUAAGAAAUUUCAAGGAACAAGUUCUUGAGAAACUUGAAGACUUUCUUCAGCAUCUUUUCUCACUUUAGCUUUAUACACAGAAACAAGUGAGGAGCAGGCACAUGUUUCAGUUUGUUUUAAAAGGUUAAUUUAUAAAAUGAUAAAUAUUUUGUAAAUCACUUCAUUCCUCUCUCGUGGACUCUCGUAACGAAUGACCAAAGUAAGUUUGAGUUUAACUUGUUUGCCUGGUAGAUAUGCACACACACAUAAAGCACCAUUUGACGAAAUACAUUGCCUAUAUCUUUGAGCCUGUGAUGAUAUUACCGGUUAAUGUUCUCUUAUCCCAGAAUAUUUUUUUUCUUUAAAAGCCAGGAGGGCAUUCAUCUGCAUGUGUUGAAGUGAGAUCCAACCUAAACAAACAACUACUCUAAGAGGAAGCAGAAAAUCAGGCAAGCAGAUUGGUAAAAUUUUGAAUUAUAUCUGACAAAAAAUAAAAAAGUUAUGAACUUUUGAAGGUUUUAAUCACUAUAGGAGGAUCAUUUCUUUUAGAGGACCUGUAAUAAUACAAUAUCUGUAAUAUAUUUUGAACUUUGAUGAGAAGGCACUUAGGAGAAAUUUGUGAUAAUUUUGUAAAGGACAAACUACCUCACAAUUCUCUGACCAAAUAAACCAAUGUGAGAUUUCCCAUGUAUUUUGAUAGUGAUCUCAUAUUUCAAACAUUCAUAUUUUUCCUUAUUAUUGGUCUGAUUUAUUUUGAACUUUCGCCAUUCUGUUUCUCAUUUUUUUCCGCUUCCACCCCAAUGAAUUUAUUACAAAGAUUGGAUUGCCCCGAUAUAACACCCAUCUAUGGAGUAGAUGUUAUUCUCAAGGAAAAUGCUAAAAUAGGUGCAUUAUUUUGUAUUAAGUGUUUUACUAGUGUCACUUACAUUUAUUGUAGACUGUUUAGAACUGUUUACAUGUACAUGUAUUAGAAGUUUUUAAGGGAUAAGGACUCGCACGUUUGUCGGAUUCAAAAGGGCGUUAUUUUACACAGAGGUGCAUCAUUUACGUGUUUUGCACAAUAUAGAGAAUUAUUUUAUUUUUUUAAAAAUAUGUGAGGUUUUAUCGAUAUGGAUUUUUAAUGGAUGAGGAUGAUUUUUCAUCUGUAUGGAGCAAGAACAGUGCUAUCAAAUCAUUCAACUGGUACCCAGAGUAGUGGUAAAUGGCUGUUUGGUCUACAACCAGUUUGUAUGCUACCCAAUUAGUCUAUUCCCAUAUGGUCUACAUGCAGCCGUCUACUACCCGCAUUGUCUGAUUUGAUGAUUAUUAGACCUCAUGGAUAGUAGACAGAAUGGGCAUUGGGCAAACUGGGAACUAGACCAAAUGAGCAAUAGACCAAAUGGAUAUAGGCCAAAUGGACAUUGGACCAAGUGAAUAUUAGCCUAAAUGUUCAUAAGACCAAUUGAUAAAUAGACAAAAUGAUUAUUAGAUCAUGUGGAUAGUAGACGGGCCUGAAGUAGACCAUAUGGAAAUAUAUACCACUUGGGUAGUAGACGAAAUAGACCAAAUGGCUACUGGCUCUUAACACAUGCAAUCUAGAAUACACUGUAGUCAUUGUACAGAGAAACCUGUCUAUAAAGACCAUCCAAGGGUGACAAGAAAAGUGGUAUAGACAGAAGGUCUUUAUGUACAGGUUCCUUUAGUACAUGUUUCAAUGAGAAACCAUUUUCAAGGGAAACAACAAAUGUGGUCGUUGUAGACAGGUGGUCUUUCUACACAGGUGGUCAGUAAAUCAGAUUUCAUUGUAUAUAUGUAGAGUAAGUUGGACUUUAAAUCAGGUAUUGGACUGAAGUACUUACAUGGCUGUCUCUAAUUUCUCAAGGCUUGAAGUAAAAAAGAAUAUUUUUAUACAGAAUUAUGUAUAUGUUUGCAAUUAAGAUAUAAUGGUAUUUAUGAAUUUGAUCUUUCAUAAUAUAGGAUAUAUAUUUAGUCGAAAUUGAAACUUUUGUCUUUUGACAAGACAUUUUAUUUGAUGUUGUCUCUCACCACCCAGGUUUAUAUACAUGGUAUGUAUAUAUAGAAGUAUAUACAGUGGAAAGACGUUAUAACAAGGACAUCAGGGCCAGAGAAAUAACUUUGCUUUAUUAGAUAUUCUUGUUAUAUCAGGGUAAAUAAAAGAAGAUGAUAUGAAGAGCAGAUACCAGUAGAAUUACCUUGUUACAUCAAGUAUCUUGCAGAGCUCUUUAUUUCCAGUUUCCACCGUCUUAGGAUAUUACAUAUUUUGUGUAGUUCCAUACCUUAGUAUGUGUAGGAGGUCAGGAGCUAGAGCAAGCAAUAGGGACUUUGAGAUGGACUUUACGUGUGCGUCUUUUUAAGGCACUGGCAGUGCCUUAAAAGGACAUCGCAAUACCUGAAAAGGACGUCACACGUAGCAGUCCACUAUGUCGACGUGCAAAUCUAAAAGUCCCUAUUGUGUCAGGGAAACAACCGUUGAUUUUUUUCUAGGUACUAUGUUGCCGAUAUGCUAUAUUUCAUGUACUCAGUUGAUAGUGAUUAUCGCUUUUUAUACUCUUUUUUUUAUCAUAUGUGAUGAUUGUAAUUGUUUGUAACUAUUUCCAUUAUUAUGUAGUGACUGGAGUGUAAUAUAAUUUAUUAUAAGUUUAAUGCAAUUAUAAGUUAUGGAUGGGAGGGGAGUGGCAAUAACCAUGCCGUGCAACUUGAUCCCCCUUUAAAACUGAAUGUGCUGUACCGUACAGAUCGAUGCCCCCAUGUUAUAUGUUAACCCAGACAGCACCUGUUUGAAAGGAUUGAUUAAGUAAUGUUUUAGAGGAGAAUUACGAUAUUUGUGAAAUUAUUAGUGUGUGGACCACAUUAAAGACAAUUAUGGAA